GCUACGAAAGUCAUCAAAAUUCCGUUUUCCGUUUUGAGGUUUUAACCGUCAAGGUGUCAUAGCAACGUCUUUAAAUGAUCAAAGGGCUGUCACGGAACCAGGAGAACUUAAAGAAAAUGAAAACAGAUCAUGACCAAGGUCUGACGAUUCAUGAGUCAUUACUCAAUUUGAAUAUUCAGCACUCACACUGAGAUUUUCUUAAUAGACAACGCUUGAAAAUCACGACAUUCAAACUGCAAGUUCAAGAGAAUAGUCAUGAAUGUAACAAGCGCAUCGCUAGAGGGAGAAAACAGUUCAUACGAAACAACAACAAGCAGUGCAGCUGAAGCACUAGUAUCGUACGUAUCUGACUGUGGUAAUAGCACAAGUGAGACCAUAAUUCCAAAGGCAGUCACGAUGUCAUUUUAUUGCGUCGUUCUGUUUCUCUCAGUUCUUGGGAACUCCCUGCUUAUCUUUAUCAUCAAGAGAAACAAGCGGAUGCAAACAAUAACCAAUUAUCUGAUCGCCAAUAUGGCAGUAUCUGACUUAUUAUUAAUAGUUCUGGCAACACCGCGACAAAUAAUAGAAGAAUCGUUUGGGCCUCGAAGAUGGCUCAUUAGCGGAAGCUUCGGUUCGUUUCUCUGCAAAAGUCUUUCUUUCUUCCAAGAUAUUUCAACAGCAGUGUCAAUUUUGAGUCUCGUCGUCAUAGCAAUCGACAGAUACAGAGGAAUUGUGUUUCCAUUGCGAAAACCAUUCAUAAAGCCGGCUAAACUCUACAAAGUUGUCAUACCGUUGAUAUGGCUCUUUUCGAUGAGUCUUCACGCACCUUACUUCUACAUUUAUGGCACAACCACAACUGAUGACAAAACAUAUUGCAAUCAGUUGAGCUGGGGUCCUAAAUUAGAUUUUAAGAAAAGUCAAAAAAUAUUUUUUAUGAUAGUAUUCAUUUGCGUUAUAGCUAUUCCUGAAUGUAUCGUCAUAUCACUGUACUCUGCCAUCAUAUUCAGUCUUAAAAGAAACGCAAUUGCAACAUGUCAGGGUUCUUCAAAUAGCAUGGCAGCUCGAAGGCUACAGGAGGACAUAAAAGUUGUGAGGAACAUUAUCGCAAUACUUAUUGCCUUUUGUGUAUCUACUAACCCGUUCAUCGUAGUGGCUUUCAUGUUUCAUUUCGUCUGGGAUUUCAAAAUACCUUGUAAUAUGAAGGUUUUCGUCUUUGUAGUCCAUUUAAUAUUUUAUUUGCAUGCAUUAGUAAAUCCUUUCAUUUAUUAUAUUUUCAACGACAAAUAUCGACAGAGUUUUCUGAAAAUCUUCCGCCAAGUCUCUCUCUCCUUCAGUUGCAAAAAGAACAGAAAAAAGAAGAAAAACUCACGGAAUUUGAUCGAAACUUCAAUGUGACCAACGACAGAUAACUGCAGACUCCUAGAAAUAAUUCAUUUUAUCCUUUCGUAAGUGGAUUCACACCGAAGACCGGUAAAUGUUGUCAAAUGACGAACUGAAUUUUUCAAGAGCUGGGGUACAGAGGUACUCAUUUCUUAUUUCGACAUCACCUUGACAAGUUCAGCAGUAAACAAUUUUCACAAAAAAUAAGAACACUUUUGUUCGAAUUCACGGUUUCAGUGAAUGAUAUUCAUAGGGCUGAUACAUAAAUAUGCAAAU